CGGCCCGGUGUGUUCCGGUCGGUAUAAACGGGACUUACCGGGACUAACCGGGACUUACCGGGACUAACAGCGCCACUAACGCGGUUAUAUUGACUGUGAGCUCCGCUGGAGUCGGGAGGAGAAGCAGGAAGUAACCUGCAGACAGAAGGUAGAUGUUUCAGACUUUAAUGUGAAGAAGAAGACGACGAAGAAGAAGAAGCAGCAGAAGAAGAAGAGGUCCUCCUGCUAGCAGUUAGCCUGUUAGCUGCCCCGUAAUGGCGGAGCUUAACCGGCAGCUGCAGGAGUACCUGCUGCAGUCUAAAGGCGGGAAGACCGGGUCCCAGUCCGGCUCCAGCACCGCGGUGGACAUGGACGGCGUCGAGCCGGUUUCGGGAAGCUGGUUCGGGCGCUGGUCCAGCCCGUGGUCCGGCGGCUCGGCCGGGCAGAGCUCCGGGAGCAGCGGCGGCGUUUCCUGGCCGUGGUGGUCGGAGCCGGACCCGUGUCUGCCGGGCAUGAGUCGGCGCCAGCGGCUGGUCGCCUCCGCGGUGUGCGGCGUGUUUUCCUCACUGUGUUUCGCUCUGUCCGCGCUGUACGCACCGCUGCUGCUGCUGUACGCACGCAAGUUCGCGCUGCUGUGGUCGCUCGGGUCGCUGUUCGCCCUGGCGGCGGUGGCGGUGCUGCGGGGCCCCAGCAGGCUGGCCGCCGCCCUGCCCACCUCCCCCGGGGCCGCCGUGUACCUGUGCGCCCUCAUCGGGACUCUGUACGCGGCGCUGAGCCUCCACAGCACCGUGCUCACCGCGCUGGGAGCCGCGCUGCAGGUGGCGGUGAUCCUCGGCUGCUUGGUGUCGCUGCUGCCGGGCGGCAGCGCCGGGCUCCGCUUCAUGGGCGGCAUGGCGGCGUCCGCCCUCAAACGCACCGUCACCGGGAAGACCAUGGCGAUCUGACCGAGAGCCAGAGACCAGACACUGCUCACGGAGAGCCGGCAGGUCAGACGCCCGUCAGUGGGCCGGGGGCCUCCGGGGGCCGCCGAAGUCUUCCAGGGGCCCCGGUUUAACCAGGACUCUGCUGCGGCUCCACA